CCCGAAAUCAGCCCAAUAUCAUUAAACCCAAGUCCAAUAUUUUUUGCGUCUUAACGAUAUUUCAAAAUUGAAGUCUGAUUCAGAGUUCUUCUUCUAGAAUCGUCUUCUCCUCUUCUCGUCGGCUGUUUUCUCGCAGGAGAUUCUCAGUAAUGGCUAGGUCAACGAGCAAACACGGCCGCGAUCCAACUCAGGAUUUCCAGGGAUUUUUGAAUGACUUGCAGGAUUGGGAACUUUCAAUGAAGGAUAAGGACAAGAAAACCAAACAGCAACCUUCUAAUUUUUCAAAUCCGAACAGUGAGAAGUUUAGACCGAGUGCCAGUGGUUCAGGGCAGUAUGACUUUGCAAAAAAGUAUGGUCCUAUGAGUGAUUUAUCGAAUGACGAUAUUCAUUUGGAUGCUAAUUCAGAGAAGGAACAGGGGAAUAAAUAUUUCAAGCAGAAGAAGUUCAAUGAGGCCAUCGAUUGUUACUCUCGGAGCAUUGCUUUAUCGCCGAACGCUGUUGCUUACGCGAAUCGAGCAAUGGCUUACCUUAAAAUCAAAAGAUAUCGAGAGGCUGAGGUAGAGUGCACAGAAGCUUUAAAUCUGGAUGAUCGAUACAUAAAAGCAUACUCACGCCGAGCAACAGCAAGAAAGGAACUAGGCAUGCUUAAAGAAGCCAAGGAAGAUGCUGAGUUUGCUUUAAGAUUAGAGCCUCAGAGCGAGGAACUUAAGAAGCAAUAUGCCAACAUCAAAUCUCUGCUCGAGAAAGAAAUCAUAGAGAAAGCCACUGGAGCAAUGCAAAGCACUGCACAAGAACUGAUGAAAACUGUGGGUUUAGAUAAGAAAACAAAAACGCCAAGUACAGAUAUGAAUUUGAAGCCUGUGACCCUAGGGGCCAAAACAAACGGGGAUAUGGUUCAGCCUGUUUCACGUAGCAAGGAAAGUUCAGGGAAGAAGCUCAUUGAAAGCGUACAACCUGAGGAGAAACAUAAAGAAGGUUCAAAGAAAAUUUCAGUUAUCAUAGAGGAUGUAGACAGUAAGAAAGUGACGCAUAGAAGCCAAAGUAAUGAAAAGGAGGCUACAUCUUCUGGACAAGGAAACCAAGUUUCUUCUAGAAAGAUGGAAUUAAAGCCAUCAGUGCAAGAGCUUGCUGCUCAUGCUGCUUCACUUGCAAUGGCUGAAGUUUCUAAAAACAUUAAACCUCCAAAAUCUGCUUACGAGUUUGAGAACUCUUGGCGGAGUUUUUCUGGAGACCGUGCGUUACAAAACCAGUUGUUGAAGGUUAUGACUCCGAGCUCUUUACCUCAGAUCUUCAAGAACGCUUUGACUUCUCCGAUUUUGGUUGACAUAAUCAAAUGCGUAGCCUCGUUUUUCGCUGAAGACACGGAUUUGGCUGUUAAAUACAUUGAGAACCUAACAAAGGUUCCUAGAUUCAACAUGAUCGUCAUGUGCCUUACUUCAACCGAGAAGAACGAGCUUUUGAAGAUAUGGGAGGAUGUUUUCUGCAACAAUGCAACUCCAAUAGAGUAUGCAGAGGUCUUAGCCAAACUGAGAUCAAGAUACUACCUGAAACAGUAACUUAGGAGAUUGGUCUUUGUAGCAGACCCAGUCAGCUUUUUUCAAUGAUCAUGAAUCAGUACUUUCUUUGCGGUUAUGAUAGAUACCGGUUUUGGUUUUGUUUAUAUAUAUACCGGGAAACGUAGAAUACUUUAUCGGUAUCCAUCCAAUGUGUGCAUGGGAAAAUUACCGUAAACUGAAGAACCAAACCAAAUCGAGAGAAAACGAAACCGAAUCAUGUAGUUAUAGUUAUCUGAAUGAGUAUUUGAAGUUACAGUAUAUUAGGUAUUUGAACCUAAGAACCGAAU